AGGAUCAGCUGGAAAGGCUCUCACUCUCAAAGCAGAAGGAGUCCAAUUGGUCACAGCGCUUGGAUCAAUAUGAGGCAGCUCAGAAGCGACUUGAGCAGAGAAUGAAGCAUUUUGAGGGGGAGGAUCAAAAUCUGGAUGGCCGAUGUGGUAAGUUGGAGAAAAAGUUGGAGGCUGUUGAUCGGCGACUCCACAGCCUGGAGGACGUCCCAGAGCAGAGAUUGAUAGCGGAGUUCAAGGCAGAGAGCCAGGAGCGAUGCCACCAGCUACAAAAUGUGUGGGAAAAGAACCAUCAGGACUUUGAGCAGCGUUUGAAAGGGCUGAACACCUUGGUUGCAAACCACAGCCAAAAAAUGGAGGCAAUUGACGUGGCCCUCGGCGAACUGCAAGCAUCAGCCGCUGACGUGCUCUUCGAAGGAUGCCUGCAAGAGAACCAAGCAAAAUUAUCCCUAGAGGCUUCGGCAGAAGGCGAGCUUGGUGCUGUGGCCAAGAUGCACGAGCAAAUGGUCCGAGUCGAGGAGCCUCAGAAGGAAGAGAUUUGUGAAGCAGCCAUUGGGGAGCUCCGCCGGCGCUUGGAUGACCUCUCAGAACUACUGGAUGAACAGCGGCUGACGCAGUUGCGUCAUUUUUCCAUGGCAUUGCCAGAGAUCAACAAUAAGCUGGAAUUGUUGGGACGACAAGCAGCUGAGUGCAGUGCCAAAACAGAGGCCUUCGAAGUUCGGCUGGAUCUGACACGCACGAACUUGGACACACAAGAACAGCGUUUGCACGCACUGAGUUCCCGCUUUGAAAAAACACAACGGCGAGACUGUCCAGGCCUGGACGAUCUGGUGGUGAAGCAGGAAGAAGAGCCACUAAAGCAGCACUUCGACAUCAAGGUGACAAAACUAGCAGAUGCAGCAAAGAUUCUGCAAAAAGUCGCCAAGGAGGGCCUGGUGACACCCGUGACACCCAAGCGGAAAGAAGAAAUGAUCAAAAAGACGCCAUCAUUUGGUGAUCGAGAAACCGAUGACUGCUUGAAGGAACUGGAGACCGCCGUCGAAGCUGAUGAGUCGCAGGCCAGCCUAUCUGGCGAUGAUGCUCUGCCGUUUGGUUUCAGCAUGUCCACAGCUGUACGGCGGUCCAUCAGUGGAUUCACUGGUUGUUAGACCACUCGCUUCGUGGUGGAACGGGACUUUUCAGAAACUGAAGUUGCUGUGCAAGGCAAGGCAUGACUCUGGAAGCAGAAUUCAAUGCAGUUGUGCAGUCAAUGCAUCCUGUUGAGGAUUGAUGGCACAACAAAAACACACAAAAACAAAC